AUGUCAAGUAAAUCUAAUCUUAGCGAAUACUUUGCUAAUGAUCCACCUAGUUUUUUUGAUGAGCUGACGAAUAAACCCAAGUCCAAGGAGAUACCAGCAGAAAGUAUUGUCAGUGGCACCAGCAACAAUAUGUUGUCAAACACAUUCACAGGUUUCUUUCAACCUCCCGAAUUUGUGGAAACACCUGAGCUAGAGGAGCCCAUCAAAGUUACCGACGAGGUCCGUAAUUUGUGGGAGCUGCCCCGAGAAAAUGACCACAGUAAAUUGAUUAUGCCUGGCAUACACCUACAACACGAUCUGCCCGAUCCCAUCAGUGUGGCAGUGACCCAGCACCUUGGAGAAGCUGAAUUGGCAAACCGGAAGAUCCUGGGCGUGGACGAUGUCACCCAAGACGAGCGGGGCCUGAGGAACCUAAUCCAUGCAGGCUGCCUCCGCACGGCAGUCAAUUUAACUGGCCGACUUUUGACGGUCUAUGGUCAGGGCUAUGGACGUGCUGGACAGCCAGCCAAGCAUUCCCCUCACUCGCUGCAGCUGUGGUUCACUCGCCUGGCGCUGCUGGCCAAGCUGGGCGAAUUCGAGCUGCUGCAGACCGAAGCGGAACCCUUUGGACAGCUCACAGCCCCGGAUGUGUUCUACGAUUUCUAUCCCGAGAUGUACAAUGGAAAAAGUGGAUCCAUAGCGUGCUUCUCGUUCCGCCUGCUACUCGCCGAGCUGCCCAUUUACAUGGGAAAGCCCCACGUAGCCCUGGACAGGCUGUCGGAACUGCAUGUGACCAGCAAUGAGAUCAAGCAGCAUUAUAUACAGAUGCAGAACAAGACGGCCGAGCAAUUCUGGCAAAAGCGGUGCGAAAGGGUCUUGCAUUCCAUUAUAAACUGUGGCCUGAUGAUGAAGAAAUUCAGUAUGAUUGAUGAUAUAAUGGAUGGAACCCUGUUGAAACGCUCGAACCUAAGCAAGGACGACCAGCGAUCUCUGUACUCGGCCUGGGGUCGCAUCUAUUUGCAAAUCGGAGAUAUCUUUGGGGCGGAGCAAAAGUUUGCCGUCUCCCGGCGACUGCGAGAAAUGAACUCUGCGCCUGAUCUAAGGGACCUUAUGGACAAGGGCCUUAUAGCAGUGGCCAAAAACGAUUUUCCCGAAGCGUACCUCAUAUUUCAAAAGGCUUUGCACUUGGAUUCUGGCAAUACGUUGAUUCUGAACAACAUGGGAGUGUGCCUGCUGUACGCUGGGAAGCUCAAGGAUGCCAUUAAUCUGUAUGAGCAUGCCAUUAACCAGAAUCCCCAGAGAUCCCUGAACGAGAGCCUGCUGGUUAAUCUGUCGACUUUGUACGAGCUGGAGUCCAACAACUCGAAGGCGAAAAAGUUCAACUUGCUGCGGUUGAUCAACAGAUACAAGCCAGAUCUCAAUAUUAGCAUAGAAAUUUGCCUUAAAUUGCAGACGAUCAACUAAAUAUAGAGUAACUUAUUUA